GCCUGUAAAUUUAUAAUAAGGUGGUGGGAAAAUCGCUUACUAGCGCUAUCCACAUGCUCGACAUUAGUAGAUAAUUUUCCAGUCGAUCGACGCGGGUACGUAACUAUGUAUCAACAUCAUUUUAAUUUGAAAGCUGGCGGUCGUUCUGCUAUUUACGAGGAUAAUGCCAUACGCCGAGUCGCCGAUUUCUUUAUUUCCAAAAUUUUCUGAUUUUCACUGAAAAUUCUAAGAGACUAUCAAUAUUUGAUCGAGACUUGUUCGUAACAUAACCUAACGAAGGGAUACUAAUGUAAUAUUUCCUUCGUCUCGGCUUGCGAUAAGGAAAGCAUACGACGAAAGCUAAUAAGAGGACAAAUAUGUCGUGCGCCAGUGAAUUGUCAAGAUCUCAUGAGUACCAAAGUUUUCGAAGCUCCGUACCUCUUCGAAAAAUUGUUGUCGACUCUGAUGGUAUGAAGGGAUGGAAAGUAUACGAUUCAAGUCCAAAGACUAUUAAAUGUCCAAUUAUUUGUCUUGCUCCAGUCAGUGGAACUGCUGACAUCUACUUCAAACAAAUAUUAAGUCUAUCUGCUAAAGGCUACAGAAUUAUAUCCGCUGAACCACCAGUUUACUGGAAUGUAAAAGAAUGGUGCGAUGGAUUUAAAAAGUUGUUAGAUUACAUGGAGUUGGAUAGAGUUCAUUUAUUUGGUGCAUCAUUGGGUGGUUUCCUUGCUCAAAAAUUUGCUGAAGUCAACGCACACUGUCCAAGAGUAGUUUCUCUAAUUUUAUGUAACACUUUCACCGACACCUCAGUGUUCAGCUAUAAUGACUCUGCUGUUGUAUUUUGGAUACUACCAUCGCUUGUUUUAAAAAAAAUGGUGAUGGGAAAUUUCGAAACAGAAAAGGUUGACAAUGAAAUGAUCGAUGCUAUUGAUUUUAUGGUCGAAAGAUUGGAAAGCCUCAGUCAACCAGAACUAGCAUCUCGAUUGACAAUAAAUUGUGUAAGAUGCUACGUUCAGCCUCAAAAAAUUUGUCACUUGCCAAUUACAAUAAUGGAUGUGUUCGAUGAAUAUGCUUUAUCAAAUGAUGUGAGAGAAGAAAUGUAUAAAUGCUAUCCCAAUGCCAAACUAGCUCACCUAAAAAGUGGUGGUAAUUUUCCGUACUUAAGCAGAUCUGCAGAAGUGAAUUUACACUUACAGGUAAUGAAUAAUAUUAAUUAUAAAACGAAUUCUAAACAAAGAAAUAAUGUUUAUGCAAAGAUGCAUUGAUACUAAUGCAAAAAGUUUUGGCUCUUAAA